UUUUUUUCGAUUGCAAACAUUUUGCAUGUACAUUAUUUUUCAAGGCUUCAGCCAAAUGCAGAUGUACGACGAACUCAACUUGAUGCCUGGUGUGCCCUGGUUGUGAGUUGGGGAAGAAACAACAAUGUUAGCCAAAUUGAUGUCACAGAAGCAUCUAGUUUACCUGUGUUUAAGAACCCUUCCAUCAGUCGCUCCUUACCAGCAGAUAGUAUAAUGGUUGUCUUGGAGGAGUUGGCCAAACGUGGGAAUCUUGAAUGGAUGGACAAGACCAAACGAAGAGGGUACCUGUUUUGGCGAAGUCCAGCUGAAUGGGGUCAGCAGAUUUAUACAUGGGCUCAAGCCACCAGUCACAUCAACAGCGUUUGUACACUGUAUGAGAUCAGCCAAGGUGAUGAUACCAUCAAUCAAGAAUUUCAUGGGUUGGAUGGUGAUGUUCUCCUCAAAGCUUUGAAGUCAUUAGAAGUAGCUGGGAAAGCUGAGCUGAUGGAUUUUGGUGAUAAUAAAGGAGUCAAGUUCCUUUGAAACCAGUAAAUUAGUAAGUCAUGUAGUCAGAUAUAGCACAUUAUUUUUUCAUGUUCCACAAUAAAAACUUUUUUCAUGCACUUUAAAAUGAAAAUUUGCAGUAUUGUGCACAUUACAAGUUUCAUCUUAAUUUAAUUUUAGAGAGCAUCACUCUAAAUGAACUUUAAAUUCAACUCAUGGCAGCCCUGAACCUUACUGAUUAAAAUUAGUUAUAGUGGUGGCUACAGUUGAAAUUUAUUAUCAAUGGUAGUAUAUUCAUAAGGAAGCCAGCGUUUAAUUGAUAAUAUUUAACAUUUGUCAUACAAAUCAGACAUGUUAGGAUUUUUUCACUUGGUACUAACUUCUUGCUUUCAGUAUAGGCUAAUUAAUACAGUUGUGUUGUUAAUAUACUUUGAAUUUCCUGUGUCAGUCAGAUCUGAUGCCUGCAAAAUUUACUUGGGUUUUUU